UAAAAUUUUCUUUUACUUUUGCUUUUAGGAAAUUAUUCUCUUCAAUAAUUAAAGACAUUAAAUAUUUUUAGGUAUAAGUCAGAAAAUAACAUGAAUAAAUUCGUAUAGUCUGAAUAUAUCUCAAUAAAAGCUUUAUUUCUUUCCUUUAUAAAUAGAACUUUAGUUGGCAUGAACAUCUAAUUUUAUGUUCCGAAUGGUGCAUAAGUAAAGAAGCACAUAAUAAUGAAGAUACGUAAAUGUAAAGAAUAUUCUUCUGAAUUUACUUUUUUUUUAUUCUUAUACACUAUACAUUCGUCUUGUCUCUGGUUAAACAAUAACAAUAUAGUGUCGAAAAUUCUUUUUCGUUACCGGCAACAGCAAGAUAACUACAUACAUAUAUGCAGCAUUAGUCAGCUACAGCAUAGUAUACGUGAAGGCAACACAGAAUAAAAUAAGGGCGGGGAUUGGUUGUGUUAUAUACAACCUUGCUUCCUAUUGGUUGAACCUCUUGGGUCUUAUCGGAUUACUUGACUAUGACUACGUGACGUUGCCACGCUGCUAUGUUGGGUCUACCAAAGUUUCAGUUUUCUGUGUUGCGUUGAAUUGAAUUGAAGGAGAAAAAUUUGUAGAUGCGUUUUUAUAUUUUUAUCAAUUAGCCGGAACCAAUUAUCUUUGUAAUUAUGGCCAAAAUAUCAGUCUUAUAGUCAUAGCAAUGGGGAUAGUGUUUACAUUCGGCAACAUUGGAAUUGCGCCAUCUCAUGCAAUUUUUCUUUUACGCGAUGUAUACCUAUAUCGUAAAAUUCAUAGAGUUUCUCAAUACUUUUUGGGAUGAAGGUUUUAAUUCUUUCCCAACAAUGUGAUAUGAUGAAGGAGAAAAAUCUCUAUCUGUAUGAAGACUUGUAUAUUCUAACCAAUAUUUGUUCUUAAAUGCGUUACUUUUAGAAGAUGGCGCCACAUAUACAACGGGACUACAACGUUAUUGGAGAUCCAGGCAGAUACUCACUGAGGACACUCAGGCAUGGUGAAAAAAAUUGUUUUCAAUCACACACUUUUGACGUGUCCAAAAUAAGCAGCAAAGAGGAUUUCUUUCGUUGUAUUGGUCUUCAAAUGAAAAGAUUUCAGUACAAGUAUAGAAUGUCAAACAGUGAUCGUAAAACUAAAAAGAUUAAUAUUCCCAGUGGUGUAACAUUGCGUGAUUGUUCCGUUAUUAUCCUGGGGAACACAUGUAAUCUAUGUGGAAAGUGUUUUAAGUGUAAAAUUGACUUAGAUAAGCAUAAUUUGUUAAAACAUCAGACAAAUGAAGAACUUGGUAACAUGACUGUGAAAGAAACACAAUGUACGGAGAAGGAAAUCGAAAUCUGCAAAAAUUUUCCAAAAUCUUUAAACCAUUCAGUAAUCAAGGCUAGUAAAAAUUUUGCAACAAAAGAACACAAAAAAUUACGUUUAACCUUGAAAAUAGGAGAGGAAAUCAUCGCCAAAAUAUCAGUGAAUAGAAAAUACUUGAAGAAAGAUAACGUCGACAUGUGGACUCAAACCGAAUCGAAUCGUGAUACUGAAUUAAUUGCAGACAUGAAUAUGUAUGAAAGUGUUGCUUCUCGUAUCGAUCCUCUUUUGUUCGGUAAUAGUCCUUGCCAAUGUUUUAACCCGUCUGUGCACACGGUACAAUGCUCGAAUCGAUAUUUGGCUAGCAACAUUGUAGCAAGUACACAGGCGGUUCGUGAGAAAAUUAUAACGCAGGAGGAAACUAACUCUUCGCACAGGUUGAAGGAGUCACGCGAUAUAUCCGCAAAUGAAAAAUGUGGCGCCACUCUUUGUGUUACACCAAACUCAUCUCUUGAAUUAAAUUUGUCAUUUGUGACCGAAAAGUGCAAUUUACAUGAACAAGAUCAUGUUAAAAAUGGUAAUUCGGAGGAACUCUCUUCGACGCAUUCAGAUGAUGCUUUAAUAUUCGACGAAACGUGUAAUAUGUCGCAGUUCGCUAUAACAUCAAAGUCAAUGUCGAGCUACAACAAAAAAAAUGAUAGUGUUACAUCUUCAACAAAGAAUACAAAUACUCGAUCAAGGAAUACCAUGCAAAUUAAUCCAGAAAACAUUGACGAAAAUGAGGAAACAACAAAUAUUAAUACAAAUCCAGUCCAGAAAGAUUUUAUUAUAAACAAUACAGAAAACUAUAUACUGAGAAAAUUACAGGAUGACUCUAAUGUGAUACAGGCAAUACUACCGGUAAUCGUGCCAAUAAUCAUGCCAAAUGCAAGUGUUCCUAGUACACCUAUUAAACUUAUGAUACAAUCAGCAUCAAUAAAACCAAAAGAACAGCAACUGCGGCAAAAGCAGCAGCAACAAUUACAACCAGAUCAACAACUGCAAUUGCGACAAAAACAACGAUUACAAGUAGAGCAUCAGGAACAACCACACCAAGAUCAACAGCAACAAGAAAUUAUGGAAAUUUCCUCUCUCCCCACCGAAGAUAAUUCCAACGAUGGGAUGCAGCAGUUGAAACUGCAACAAGAACAGCAAUUACAACCGGAUCGACAGUUGCAACUGCAACAAGAACAGCAAUUGCAAGUCAAACAUCAGGAGCAACUACAGCAAGGUCAAGAGCAACAACAAAUUGUGAAAACUCUUACUCACAACGUGAAAGAUAAUUCCGAUGAUGAUGUGCAAGAAGUGUUGCGAAUCGUUCGGGGACAUAGCACUGCGGAUGUCAAUCACGAGUCACCAACUCGGUUCGAGCGAGAGAUGUUACUACAUGUCGCCAUUAGAGAUAUGAAGAGACUGGAAGAAGAAGGAUGGCACUUGCUAGAGAAAGUAAUCGACUACGCAGGAAAAAACUCGAAAUCUAGUACCAAAUGUUGCGAAACGAAUAAUGAGUGUAUCAAAAAAAUGAAGAAAAUAAUAACUGAAUUGGAUUUCGACUGUAGAAAUUCAACCAAAGAAAAAUACAUUUCUCAUAUGAAGGAGCACAUUGCGAAAAUGCAAAGUUAUAAUAACAUAGCAACAAUAUGUGGAUCUGAUAGUGUAAAGGAAAAUUUAAUGACAUGUAAUGAGAAUAUCAAUAUAUCAUCUAAGAUGACACGACAGCAUAAUAUUAAUCAUCAUAAGGGAAAAUUCGAAAUAAAUAACAAUACGCAAAGCGUAGAAGAAUCUGUUAGCCAUUUUCUUGUGCCUUGUCCCGGGGAUAUGGAAAGUAGAAGUAAAGGACCGAUCGUAAUAGAUCUAGUCAAUGGUACCGAUGAAUAGCAAUAGAAACUAUUGGAUCGGUAGAUAGCAAGCAUAGCUUUAUGAGAAUGGUGUCGAACUGCGAGCAACUAUUCCAAUGGUGGAUACGUCCUCAGAAUAUGUAAUACAUAUAUUACGAAAUGAAUAUACUGAAGUACCUUUAAUAUAGGAAACUAUUCAACUUUCAUUACGUGUAACGUUAUCUUUCGUUAUAUUAUGUUCUUUAUAUUUCAUAAAGUACAUAUACAUGUAUGUUAAAAUAUAUAUAUAUAUAUAUGUACUGAUCAAACACAAGUUCAAUAUGUACUGUGUUCGAAUUAAAUGAACGGGAACUGCA